CACUUAUGGGCGCUAAAUACAUUUUUAAGAAUUUUCGGCACAAUAAAAUUAAUUGCUAAGACAAAUCGAUUUAGCUUAAUUGUGUCCCGGAAACAAACCAUUCUUCGACAUUAGAUAUCCGUGCAUAUAUGUAUAUUUUUAGAUUUUUGUUCGAGCCAACAGCGUUUAAUAAAACAUGUUCUGAUUCUGCUGGUGUUAUCCCCAGCUAGAAACCGGUUGCCAAGCAUUGCAUCAUUCCUUUCAUGUGACUCCCAUACGCCCCAAAUUCGUCCUGGCCGUCUUAUGACUGCAUCACAGCUGCUGCUCCUACAAACUACACACGGCCCAGACCGCAGCAACGCCCCGCCCAACAACCGGCCUCCCAGCAUUCUAUUGGAUGUCGUCAAGGCAAAGAUCUUAACUCCUCUCUCGUGGUUGGACCACCGGGGAGUCAGUCGCUGUCGCCGGUUAGGUUGCGACGAAACUACCUUCCCGUGCCUAGUUCGGUUGGCUUCUCCUUCAAUAAAAGCACCGCCGGGAGUUUCCGUAAAAUCACAUUCAGCCAUCCAGACAGAACAAUGGUUAACAUGACCUUUCACCAAUUUUUACUAAAAUAUCCACAUUCUUGUUCAAGACAGUCGAGAAGACGAACGAACAGAAAAAAAAGGAAUUGCCGGAACAAGAAAUCACCAACACAUCGGCAGACUUGAUUAACGGAGAAUUUGUAAAGGUCCAGUGUGAACUGUGUGGCCGAGUAUCUGUUAGUUGUAAUUGAGUGGCAAGAUGACUGCCGAGUGGCUACACCUGCCCCCACCAUACCCCCCUGGUGUGGGGCCGCUGUGUGGUGCAGAGUUGGAGGCGUGGUACGAGGACCUGCAGGAUAUUCUGGGCUCAGACACGGGCGGGGCAAAGCUGGCACGUGCCCCCCCAUGCACAGAGAAGGAGCCGGAGUUCCUGGAUGUUCUGGAGAGUUGCUCUCUGACGUGGUUGACGGACGGAAACCAGUCAUGGGGUGAGGGUGUCCAGAGGGCAACGGAGGACACCCAGCCUCUGCAUCACACUUCAUCAUCAUCCUCCUCUUCAUCCUCCUCCUCCUGCAUGAGUCCAGCUGUUGCAGAUGAGCGACGGGUGGAGGCUGAGGGUCGGAGAGGUGGAGAUAACCCGUCAGGAGGCAGUGGUGACCUGCUCCCUCCAGAAUUCUUUGAGUUGCUCAGUGAAGGAGGAGUCGGAAUGGUGGAGCCGAGUGGGGUAGUGAUCAGCGGUGGCUAUUAUUACCAUCAGCAUCACCAGGCUAAUAUUCAACCUGCUUCUCCCUCCGCCAGUGAGGAGGAACUGCCGUGUGUUCCCGAUUCUCUGUCCUGCUCCUCCUCAGCUUCCCAGUCACCGUCUCAGAAUUACUCUUCUCCCUCUUCACCUGUCUCUUCUCCUUCUGUCUACCCAUCCACCCGCCUUGGAAAACGAAAGAGGACCACCAGCGAGAGGAGCAACGGUGCCUUGUCCUCUUUUGCCUCCACAAUGCCUUGUACAUCAUCAUCCUCAUCUACCAAAAAGAGCCGCAAAGAGAGAGAGCAGGAGAACGAGAGGAAGGUACAGGAGCUGACUGAGCAGAAUGAGCGCUUGAAAGCAGAGAUUGAAAGACUGGGAGAGGAGGUACAAAGGACACGUAGGGCCCUGAUAGAGAGGCUAGUCAACACCAGAAAAUGAGGGAUGUCAGGAUGGAAGGCAGGAAUAAAAGAUGACAAGUUGUACACAAAUUGGAAUAAGCAGUGGUGGGGAAAUGGAUAAUACAGCAGUCAUGAAAUGCCUCUUAGAUGUGGAAAAGAUGGAAACCAAAGAUAUUUCAGAGGAAAGCAAAUACUUGAAAUAGAGAGAAAAA